AUGCCUGCUUUUUUCUCGUUCUUUGUUUAUAAUCAUAUCACCGUGAACAAGCCACCCCUUAAACUCAAUUUGAAACCAUUAAAUUUUGAAGAACCAACUAAAACUAAUACAGAAAAGCAGCCUUUCGUUUCGAAAGAUAUUAAUCCUACUUCUAGCCGACCAACUUCAUCAACAUCAAAUCAUCGUGACCUCAGCACUGGUCAACUUCAUUUGUCGGAUACAAAAAUCUAUAAAUUUACAUCAAAUGAUUUGAUUGAUCGUGGUAUUGUUGGCGAAGGCAAUUUUGGAAUCGUUUGCAAAAUGGAACAUGAAAAAAGUGGAACGAUAAUGGCUGUAAAACGAAUUCGUUCAACUGUUGAUGAAAGAUGCCAGAAACAAAUGCUCAAUGAAUUAGAUAUUGUUAUGCGUGAAAAUACUUGUCCACAUAUUGUCAAAUUCUUUGGUGCACUCUUUAAAGAGGGAGAUUGUUGGAUAUGCAUGGAACUGAUGGAUACAUCACUUGAUCGUUUUUAUAAAUUUGUUUAUCAUAAACUGCAUCAAUGCAUACCUGAAAGUGUUCUUGCAUAUAUAACCCUUGCUACAUUAGAGGCUCUUGAUUACAUAAAAUCUCGUUGGCAAAUUAUUCAUCGAGAUGUCAAACCAUCAAAUAUAUUAGUUUCUCGAUCGGCUAUUAAACUUUGUGAUUUCGGUAUCAGUGGCCAAUUAAUUGAUUCUAUUGCUAAAACUCGUGAUGCUGGUUGUCGACCAUAUUUACCACCUGAACGUAUUGAUCCAUUGAGAGCUACACGUGAUGGUUAUGAUGUUCGAUCCGAUGUUUGGUCACUUGGCAUUACUAUUUAUGAAAUUUCUACUGGAUAUUUUCCAUUUCGAGAAUGGACAUCUGUAUUCGAUCAAUUACAACAAAUUGUUGAAGGUCCUCCACUACGACUGAAUGUCGACCGUCUUUCAAAUAAUUGCAAAGAUUUUGUAAAUACUUGUUUAAAUAAAGAUGAAAAUCAAAGGCCAAAAUACAAAACAUUAUUAGAGCAUCAGUUUGUACGAAAAGCAACAACACCACAACAAAUUGAAAAUACAACUGCUUAUUUGUCCGAAAUAGUCGAUGGACUCUCGGAAAAUACCGAUACAUUUGAACUCUACUAUUAUUUACCAUCGGAUACUGCAGCAUCAUUUAAUUCUCGGUGA